ACCCGAUGUGCGUGCGGGCGUGUGUGCUGUGCGCGUAACAUAUUUGGCCUUUUGCUCUUGCGGUCCAACCCACGUACGCGACGCUUUACUCACUCUCUGGUGUGAUGAGUGACCUAUCCAUCCAUCCAUCAGCUGCUGGGAUGCAUUUAAGUAGCAGCGACCGACCCCUUUCCCACAUCGCUCUGCCUCCGCUGCCCCCUCUCUCCCCGUCCUCCACUCUCCACUCCACCCUUUCUCCCGUCGCAUGCUCUCCCACGUCGAGAUGGCACCCGCCGGGGCCGGCGGCGGCUUCAAGCUCUUCGGCAAGGUCAUCACGCAGUGCGUCGAGGGGACCCAGGCGUCGCCGUCGCCGUCGCCCGCGUUCGCCGCGCAGGACGAGGAGCGGCGGCUGCACGGCGAGACGGACCGGACGACGACGGCGGUCAAGCGGGAGGCGGCGGACAUGGACUCGUCGCCGCAGCAUCAGCAGCAGCAGGGGGCGGAGGCGUCGCGGCGGACGCAGCUGCAGGAGUCGGCGGAGGCGCGCGCGGCCGCGGCGCCGCUGCCGUGCCCGCGGUGCCGGAGCCGGGAGACCAAGUUCUGCUACUUCAACAACUACAACGUGAACCAGCCGCGCCACUUCUGCAAGGCUUGCCACCGCUACUGGACGGCCGGCGGCGCGCUCCGCAACGUGCCCAUCGGCGCCGGCCGCCGCAAGAACCGCCCGCUCGGCCCCAUCGCCACCGUCGCCGGCCACCACCACCACCACCACCAGCGCGCCGCCGCCGGCUUCGUCCUCGGCUUCCCCAGCCCUUCCUCCUCCCCCACCUCCCCACCGCCGGUGUACGCCGACCGGUGGCAGCUCGGCCCGGAUCGCCGGUUCUGAUCCCAUCCCGCCGACACAACCAUUGAUCGACUCGUCCGCGGCCCAACCGGCCGCCCGGAAGACGAGGGUUCGGAUAGAGUUUGGUUUGACCCGCAGAAUCCUGAUGAGAUGAGACGGGAAGGCUGGCUAGUAUUAAUAGCUUGUACGUGAAGGCUCACUCACGCAAGACAUGGAAAAAGGAGGAGAAUUCGAAUGUCCCUUUACUUUUCUUUUCCUUGUUCCCUUUGCUAUGCUAGCUUCCCUCUUGUUAAUUCCUUGCUACUGUAGUAGUAUUCCUAGCAUUUUGUUUGCACUUGUUUCUUCUUCUUGGGUUGGUCCGUCAGUUUGCGUCGCCUGUGUAAUGUAAAAUGGAACAGAUCAGGUUGCGCGGUACUAGUAGCAGCAAGUUGCGAGAAACAUGUCCCAUUCCCAUUGUGUAUG